GAACACUUUACGUAUAAAGUAAAGAAAAAGUACAUGUGAAUAAAACAACAAACAAACAAACAAAAGAAGAUUAACUUCAAGAAAAAAAAGGAAAGAAAAUUUAAAUGUAUGUUCAAUUUGUUUCAAUGACAAAUAAAUGUGUUUCUGUAUAGUUUCAUGAUAUUAUUUCCUUUAUUAUUUAUAACUUUAGUUAAACAUAUUUAUUAUGAUAAUGUUGAUGAUGGUGAUAAUGAGGAUGAUGAUGAUGAUGAAGAAGAAGCAAUGCCCUAUUUUGUAAAUCCAUAUAAAUAUUUCAAUCAUUUCAUUUUGUUUUUUCUCUUCGUUUCAUCACUGUACUUUAUAAUUUAAUAAUAUUGUCAAGUAUUAUAUUGUAAUAAUUAAUACAGUAAUAUGACAACCGUUUCACCAAUGAAUAAUGAAACAAAUGAUUAUGAAGAAUAUUUAAAACAAUUCAAAUUACUGAAUACUAUAUCAGCUGAAUUUCGUAAUGUAUGUACAAUACUUGGUACAGAAUUAGAUUGUUCAUUAGUAAGAAAAAAUCUUAUUAAUUUACAAAGAUAUAUGAUGUAUGAAUUACAAAAUACUCAAUAUCAAUUAAUUAAAUGUUGGCGUAAUGCUAAUAUUGGUCUAUCAACUAAUAUAACAAGUGAACAAUCUGAUCAAUUAUUUUCUGUAUUUACAACUUAUAUUGAAUAUCAUAUGAGAGCAUUAUUAAAAACACUUCAUUUAAUAACAUUGUUUCCUUCAAUAAAUUUACAAUUUAAUUCUAAUACUACUAAUAUGAAUAAAAAUGAUAGUGAAGUAGAAGAUAAAAAGUUUGAAAAUCAUGAACUUAUCAAUCAUGAAGUUGUAAUACAAAAUGAUUCAUCAUGGAUAUUAGCAUCUAAUAAAUUAUUACAAACUAAUAUUAGUUCAUUAAUUAAUACUGGAUAUACUAAAUCAUUAGAAUUAGGAAUAGAUCAAAAUGAUAUUUCAUUGUUAUUAGCUGAUAAAACUAAUAUAGACAAUAAUGAUGUUGAUGAUAAUGAUCAAAACAUCACAGGGAAUUCAACUCUCUCUGAAAUUGAUAUAUUGAAAAAUGAAUAUUGUACUUUACAAACUGCAUUACAUGAUAUUUCGUCAUUAGUUUGUGUUACACCAUGGAAUGUAUUGGCAUUUCCUGUUGAUAUGGAACAACGUUUAUCUUUACAAGAAUCAACAUCAACUAUACAUCCACGUAAAAGUCAAUUAAGUAAUCGUUCACAAGCAUUUAAUAAAAAAAGUACAUUAAGUAGUAUAAAUUCAUUAAAUCUAAGUACAUCAUUUGGACAAAAUAAAAUACAUAUUUUACCUACUAUAAAUGAAUUGCCGAUUCAUUAUAAAUUAUGUGAUAUAUUAAAGAAUUAUAUAAAAAGAAAAAGAAUUUUUGCAUUUCUAUUCAUUGGUACUUUUAUAAUUACAGUUUUAAUUAUUCUAAUAAUAUUAUUCAUUGUCAUAUUUCCUAA